AUGCCUGGAAACGUCGAUAACCUUGUCUCUGGAAUUUACUUCUCCAAUUGGUCUGUCUAUGGGGCGAAGCACUUUCCACAAGAUUUGGAUACUGCUAAUCUUAGCCAUGUCUUCUACGCUUUCAUGAAGAUUGACGGCAACUCGGGCGAAGUGAGUCUUCUGGAUCCCUGGGCGGAUGUGGAUAUGCCUGUUGGUAAUGAUAAGGGUGCUUUGGGUCUGUUUGCACGGAUCAAGCAGAAGAACCGUAACUUGAAGUUGAUCAUGUCCAUUGGGGGCUGGGGAACGGCCGCCCAGUUUGCUCAAGCUACAGGCGACGAAGCGAAACUUUCUAAGUUUGUUGAUUCGACUAUCGAUCUCGUGAAGAACCAUCGGUUUGACGGUAUAGAUAUUGACUGGGAGUACCCCACAAGUCACCAGGAAGGUACACAAUUGGUCACUUUGCUUGGUCGUUUGAGAGAAAGAUUGGAUCAAUUGAAGGAGGGCUUGAUCUUGACCAUGGCUUCGCCAGCUAGCGAGGAUCAUUGCAGACACAUUGACUUCCCUGCCACGGAUAGGCUACUUACUUAUUGGAAUGUCAUGGCGUAUGAUUUUGCGGGUUCUGGCUUCUCACAAAAGACUGGCUACCAUUCCAAUUUGUACGGUUCAAACGGUGACACCAGCUUGAACGUGGACGAUAUCAUGAAGUUCUACGCUGCUCGGGUUGAUCGUCGUAAGAUUAUCUUGGGAAUGCCUUUGUAUGGUAGGUCUUUCAACAAGCCAGCUGCACCUCAAAUCGGCAGCGAAUUCUCGAGAGAAGCAUCUAAUGGCGCAGAUACCGUCAAUUAUGGAGAAAUUGACAAGCAUGCAGAAAGGUUUGACAGUGAGAAGGUGGCUGCUUACGCUUACAAAGAUGCAGAUGAUGUUUUCAUCACAUACGAUAGCCCCCAGUGCGCUUCAGUAAAGGCGUCGUACAUUAAAGAUAACGGGUUUGGGGGAGGGUUUUGGUGGGAUUCUAAAGGUGAAUCAAAGGAAAAGGAUAGAAAAAUGGUUGGUACGUUCGUUGAAGCUUUGGGUGGGUCCCGGAAGUUAAACGAUACGAAAAACUGGGUAUAG